AGAUAGUGUCUAGACGCUUUUGCCACAAUUCAAUCUCCAAACCAAACAGAACCGGUGAAUAUCAUCUUUUUGGCUCCACCUAUCACAGUUGACCAUGUGAAUGGCAGCUUCUUUGUCUUCGACAUGGAAGACGUCGCACGUCUUCGAAAUGAAUGGCGUAUGAUCGCUGAACUGCCUGCAAGUUCCAGAGGACAACCACCACAUUUUCUUUCCCCGGAACAAGUGUCGAUUCUUGUUUUAUACGGUGCUGCUCGUGUUCGGCGACUAAAGAGAAACUCAUCAUGCCCUCUGGAAGGCGAUUCGGCUGAAAUACCCCCAACCGGUGCAGAAGUCCCGAACUGCUCGACCGUGGUUACUCAAGGACUUUUGGAUACCGAUGAUCCUUUAUCUGAGCCGCAGGAAUGGUUUGAUGAGCUUGAAGUGCCAUUACCUUGCACUCGUGAUCAUCGCGCUCGAGAAAUUAUUUUCCACGAUCUAUGGCGCAAAGGCUAUUAUCUAACUAGCGGAGAGCAGUUUGGAUGUGCCUAUCUGGUCUAUGAAGGUCUUCCUGGUGAGUUACAUGCCAAAUAUCUGGUUGAUUAUGUCAUGGAAGAGGAGGACUUGUCUGUGACAAAUAUCAUUUCUUUAGUUCGAGUUGCUACGCAGGUGAAAAAGAUAUUACUGCUUGCAAUAGUGGCCUCCAAUAGUAAUCAGCCACACUACCUCACUUUUGAUUGGUUCAAGCCGUACUCUAAGGAGAUUGAAUAAUUUGUGUUUUUGCUUUCUGAAGCUUGUUAUUACAAUUCUGACAUCUUGAAUGUCAAAAUAUUGAGAAGCUCAACUUUAAGUCCUGAUUUCUAAAGAUGAAGCUCACUACCAGAUUGUCACACAUCACAAUCUGCACUCUAUAAUUUUUGUAUGUCCAUACGCACCGGUUUUUAUUUCCAGAG